UGCUUUUCUUUACCAGACUCCAGACGCACAGUUCACACGGCCGUAGGAACACACGCAGCUUCUCUGGGUUUAGUUUGUCACAGCACUCUGGGACUCAGCCUGACCCAACCCAGCACACAUUGACUUCCACGUUAUGCAACAGCACGGCAAGCACGUGAAGGCCGCACGACACCAUCGGUGCCGACAGGCUGAUUUCUUCCUUAUCUAUUUAUUGUGUCCAGUCUGCACUCAUCGAAAGCCUGAUCAAGCAAAUCUGGUGAGCAGCAUAAUAAAAUGGCUAAUCAGGUGAAUGGUAAUGCGGUACAGUUAAAAGAAGAGGAAGAACCAAUGGAUACUUCCAGUGUAACUCACACAGAACACUACAAGACACUGAUAGAGGCAGGCCUCCCACAGAAGGUGGCAGAGAGACUUGAUGAAAUAUUUCAGACAGGGUUGGUAGCUUAUGUCGAUCUUGAUGAAAGAGCAAUUGAUGCUCUUAGGGAAUUUAAUGAAGAAGGAGCCCUCUCUGUAUUACAGCAAUUUAAAGAAAGUGACCUGUCGCAUGUACAGAACAAAAGUGCAUUUUUAUGUGGAGUUAUGAAGACCUACAGGCAAAGAGAGAAACAAGGCAGCAAAGUACAGGAAUCAACGAAGGGACCAGAUGAAGCAAAGAUUAAGGCUUUGCUAGAGCGGACUGGUUACACUUUGGAUGUAACUACAGGACAGAGGAAAUAUGGGGGUCCUCCUCCAGAUACUGUAUAUUCUGGUGUUCAGCCUGGCAUUGGAACAGAGGUUUUUGUUGGUAAAAUUCCUCGAGACCUUUAUGAAGAUGAAUUGGUACCGCUCUUUGAGAAGGCUGGUCCAAUUUGGGAUCUACGUCUCAUGAUGGAUCCUCUUUCUGGUCAAAACAGAGGUUAUGCUUUCAUUACCUUUUGUAGUAAAGAUGCAGCACAAGAAGCAGUCAAACUGUGUGACAACUAUGAAAUCCGUCCAGGAAAGCACCUUGGAGUAUGCAUCUCUGUGGCAAACAACAGGUUAUUUGUUGGGUCAAUUCCAAAGAACAAAACUAAGGAAAACAUAUUGGAAGAGUUUGGUAAAGUCACAGAGGGUUUGGUGGAUGUAAUUUUGUAUCAUCAACCUGAUGAUAAAAAGAAGAAUCGAGGAUUCUGCUUCUUGGAAUAUGAGGAUCACAAAUCAGCAGCUCAAGCUCGCCGACGCCUGAUGAGCGGGAAAGUAAAAGUUUGGGGAAAUGUUGUUACAGUGGAAUGGGCUGAUCCAGUAGAGGAACCUGAUCCAGAAGUUAUGGCAAAGGUUAAAGUUUUAUUUGUAAGAAACUUGGCCACUACUGUGACAGAAGAAAUUCUUGAGAAAUCCUUUUCUGAAUUUGGAAAGCUGGAAAGAGUAAAGAAAUUGAAGGAUUAUGCAUUUGUUCAUUUUGAGGACAGAGGUGCAGCAGUGAAGGCUAUGAAUGAAAUGAAUGGGAAAGAGAUAGAAGGGGAAGAAAUUGAAAUAGUAUUAGCAAAGCCACCGGAUAAGAAAAGGAAAGAACGUCAGGCUGCCAGACAGGCCUCCCGGAGCACUGCGUAUGAAGACUAUUAUUACUACCCUCCGCCUCGCAUGCCACCUCCUAUGAGAGGCCGAGGCCGUGGAGGACGAGGUGGAUAUGGCUAUCCCCCAGAUUACUAUGGCUAUGAAGAUUAUUACGAUGAUUACUAUGGCUAUGACUAUCAUGACUACCGUGGUGGCUAUGAAGAUCCCUAUUACGGCUAUGAUGAUGGCUAUGCUAUAAGAGGAAGAGGAGGAGGAGGAAGGGGUGGGAGAGGUGCCCCUCCACCACCUAGGGGGCGGGGAGCACCACCACCAAGAGGUAGAGCUGGCUACUCACAGAGGGGGGCACCCAUGGGACCGCCGAGAGGAGCCAGGGGGGGGAGAGGGGGCCCUGCGCAGCAGCAGAGAGGACGCGGUGCUCGUGGAGCCAGGGGCAACCGUGGGGGCAACGUAGGAGGCAAGAGAAAGGCAGAUGGGUACAACCAGCCUGAUUCCAAGCGCCGGCAGACCAACAACCAGCAGAACUGGGGCUCCCAACCCAUCGCUCAACAGCCGCUCCAGCAAGGUGGUGACUAUGCCGGUAACUAUGGUUACAAUAAUGACAACCAGGAAUUUUAUCAGGAUACUUAUGGGCAACAGUGGAAGUAGACAAGUGAGGAGGGAUUGAGAAUAUUGGAAACAUAGAAUUGGCUAUAGCUCUACAUCUUUCAAAAAAAAAAAAAAAAGAAAAAAAUUGGCUUAAUGUUUCAUCCUUCAGUAGCGAUUGGCUGCCAUUUGUAUUGGGCUGAAGAAUCACUAUUGUGUAUAUACUCGAGUCUCUUAGUUUUCUUUUUUCAUAAACGCACUUGGACAUUACUGGGCUUGCAGAACUCCUGAACUCCAUAUGGGGUUUCAGCGCUUUUAUCAUUUUAGGCUUCAUUUUAGCAGUUUAAAAGCAGGAAUGGCACACUGUUCAAUCAUGAUUUUGCAGAACCUCUGGUUUUGGACAGUUUCUAUUUUUUUUUUAAUUUUUUUUUUUUUUUUAUUUUUUUUUUGAUUUGGGAUAGACUACAUAGGAGUAUGCUGUACAUAAAAGUAAAAGCUAGUGCUUUGUCUUAGUAGUUUUAAGAAAUUACAACAAAUUAAGUUUUCUUGUAUUGAAAAUAACAUGAUUGUAUGUUUUGCAUUCCUAGAAGUAGGAUAACUGUGUUUUUAAAUUGUUAUAACUUCACACCUUUUUGAAAAUCUGCCCUACAAAAUUUGUUUGGCUUAAAACGUCAAAGCCGUGGCAAUUUGUUCCUUGAUGUGAUUGUAUUUCCAAUUUCUUGUUCAUGUAAGAUUUCAAUAAAACUCAAAAAUCUAUUCAAAACAUUACCUAUUUCAAAUUCAAUUGUGUCCUAAAACAUUAUUUCAUUGGUAAUUCUUGUGAAAAAUAUUGUUUUCAAAGUAUAACUGCCUAUGUGAGUGAUCAAAUUCAUGCAAAAUUUCCUGUGCUUUCCAACAUGUAGCACUGUGGACAUCAGACUGAAAACUAGGAGAAAUUACAGACAACCCAAAAGGCACUCACUGUCUAAUUGCUGUUCAAUAAUUUAUCAGCAUCUAAUUUUGAAACUUUUUUUUUUCCGAUUUAAAAGUGUUGAAUUGUAUCCAAGCAUUCACAGAGAUCUAAAUUAAAUCUAGUCUUGUAAUGUGGAGCAGGAAACAGAUCCUACAAUGGUGUUAAUUUUGUACCUUUGAUGAUGUCCUGUGGAGUCCCUGUGGAGGCUGUUCUGGUAGGAUCCAGCCUUAUUGUAUAAUUGAGCAUAUAAGCACACAGGGAAAUUAUUUUGAUCUCUAAGCAUCUUAGUCUAAUCUAAAAUAAUACUUGACCAGGAAUGAGAAUUACAACUUGGGUGCUGUGGCACACUAAACUAACUUCUUGCUACAGAUAACACAAACAUGCUCUCCAGAUUCUGCUUAUUUCUAUCUUGACAUUUUAAUUUGAUGUUCUGCCAUGAUGAACAAUUUGCCUUAGAAUUCUCCUGCCUUAUAAUAAAGGCUGUUUAAAAAUUUAAGACUUUAUCUUUUGAGGGCAUUGCUAGCUACAUUAUAUUAUGUGUUGCUUUGACCCUUGUCUUGGACAUUCCCAGAUGUCAAUUUUAACUGGCAAAUCAUGACAUUACUCUUGUGUUGCAUCUAAGCCAUUCUGUACCCCAAUGAAGAACAUUUGCUUCUCAAGAAAAGAGAGAAACAAACGGAUUUAUACUUUCUCUAAAGAAAACUAUUGCCGGACCUCUAAGUAUCCAAAUCCAAUACAUUGCUCAUACUUGAUUUACAGCAUUCCAAACACAGACUAUUGAGGAAGUUAAACUUCAUACUCCUCCCUUUGUCUUCUAUUCCUGUCUGGUGUCUCAAGUGUGUUAUGUCAGAAUAUACCCAGUAAGAUGAGCCUGCCCACUCUGCUGUGGAUCUGGAAUGGGAUUGCAGGGUUUGAGUUGUGACCUGAAUCGAAGAUGUUUAUCUGCUUCUCAGAAAUGGCUUUGCCCAUGGCAGGCUCUUCCAGUUAAUAGAAUUGGUCAUAAGUAGCUUAAAAGUGCUUUUUAAAAAAAAAUCAAUAUCUAGUAUGUUGGGGUUUGGGUUUUUUUUCCCCCCACUUCAUAAAGUUAAUGGGGCCAAACCAUGUCCUCUCUGUUUUUACCUGAGCAGUGAACUCAGAGGGCUAUUGCCUGACUAUAUAUCCAGGCUUUCACUUGUGAUAAGGAUGUGGCUUGUAAUUCUGUUCUAACACAAAAGUUUUGUUGCCCUAUCCAUAUGACUUUCUGGUAGUUUUACAGCUGCUGUAGUGCUGAGCAGAACCCUGUAGUCCCAAUAAGUAUUGGCUUUUUAGUAUUCAUUGUAAAGGGAGUCUAGUACAAGGAGCUUAAUUGGAAUCAUGUUUCAAGUCCUCUCCAUCUUGGAAGAAGGUAGUGUUCCCAUAUUGCACGUUAGCCUAGGAGAGGUGAGGUGCUAGUAAAUGCUGUGGGGGGAGUGGGGAGGAAGUGAAACACCUCAGUUAUAGUGGUUACAAAACAGCUGAGAAACAAAAAUGUUUAAAUUAUCUUCCUCGAGAACUAAGGCUGCGUCUUGGAUUUACUUUUGCCCAAAUCACCAUUUAUACUGGUAGUUUUAUAAAAUAUGAAGAGUGAGCUAAACAGUUUUAUAAAUGAAAAUAACAGUUAAACUCAGUAGAAGUUUAUAUUUACAAGAUACAUCGAGUUCUUUGAUUUAGAUGGUUUAUGGCUACUCAAAUUCACCUUUUAAAUUUGCAGCAGUACUUUUAUUUAAUGCUUAGAUAAGGUGUGCUCCAGCUUACUUGAAUAGUGGUGUGUGCUGAACUUGAAGAACUUAAUGAAAUGAUGGAAAAAAGUUACCAAGCAAAGAUACUGUAGUACAGUGUAAAAAAACUACCAUGCCUGACUCAAGGGAAGAAUUUCUCAGCACAAUUUUGACAUCUAGUUAAAAAAUAAAUUUAAAUUUACUCUCGUGCAUUUCUUUUGAUUGUUUCUUCAGUCUAACUUAGCAAAGAUCCUCUAUAAUAUGUUGAAAAUGGAUUUCAACUUGCACACCAAUAUUCAGCUUUUAUGAGUGUCCUACUGGCAUUGGAGGAGGAGCCAUGAAAUGGAGUUUUAGUAAUCAUUUGAUCACUCAUUUAUAGCAGUUGCUUAAAUGUCUGUAUUGAUAAGGUCUUUGACUUAAGAAGCAAGUUACCAGAUUCCUAGCAGUUCCAAAACUUGAGCAAAAUACUUUUACAGCUACUGUGUUAUUAUAUACUUAAUUUCACUUUAUUAACAAGUCAGUUUGCUAAACUCAAUUUAUAAUUUUACUAUUUCAUUCAACGUAGUUUGCAUUUUUUCAGAGUGUUAAAAGGUUAAUUUUUUCUAGCAAUUGUUUAUUUUUAAAACUCGGCUUCUGUAGUCUGAUUAUUAAAAGAUGACAACUGCAUUGCUUAAACCUUCCCAAAAUAAAAUUGAAGUAGAAGAUCACCGCAUGAUUUGGUGACUCUGUAUAAAAACCUGACCACUUUUUGUCCCUUCCAUGUUUGGACAUUAAGCCCAUUUCUGUAAUUUGAACUACGCAGAAAAUAAAAUACAGAGGGCACUCUUAUUAUAAGGCUAGGAGAGAUAUAAAUGUGAAGUGCUGAGCAAAAAGUCUUAAACCUCAAAAACAUUUGGUACCAAGACCUAUAGACCCUACUGAAUGAAUGUGUUUUCAGCAAGACCUAAUUGUUACCCAAAAAUGCUGGUGGCCCAUCCAUAGAACAGCAAGGACCUAUCCUAGAAAUCAGUCAUCAGCAAUCUUUGAUUAUGCAUGACCUGAGGUGGAGUAUGUGUGUGAUUAAGGAUUGCUUGGACGUGGAGGUUGUCAGUGGGAUUCUGUCAUUCACAUGAACUAUGUGAGUAGCUCAGAGCCUUAUAGAAAGAGUGUACCACGUUGUGUUCCUGUUUUUUUUUUUCUAAAACAACAACCAAAAAAAGAAGUUAGAGCUUCUGUUAACUUAGAAUUUGAAUGAAGCUGUUGUAGUUUGUUGGCUUAAAUUGUCCUUUUGAAACCCAGAGCAGUUUUGUUGAGCAUGUAUUAGUUGAUAAAAUGUUUAGAGUAAGAGAGAAAAAAAAAAUCACUUGUAGUAAAGGGAAACCAUAAGCUUUUGGUCUCAUUCAAAUAAAAUAGUCAAGGUGGAUCUGCGAUACUUGGUUAUUGAUCAGGAACUUCUGAAAUUUUAGAACAGGAGAAUCCCUCUGAAGAAAUGUUUUAACAACUUGGAGGUUACCAGAAGCUCUGAAAGACAGUUCAGAAUAUAUUUUCUGAUGUCCAGAAAUCUGCAAGUGUCAAUUUUGUAUUUUAACUCCUUCCUUUUACCUGACUAUCAGGGAAGCGUGGUUGAGGCUGACCUGACAUGUCAUGAUGUCGACUUGCUAGGUGGGGUUCGCAGGGGACAAUAACCUUGGAGUUAUCGGUAAGAAACCUUUCUUUCUCAUUUCCUUCAGUAAGCUGAGAGGGUUGGUGUGGGAGGAGGGAGGAUAUGAGCUCCACAGACCUGAGCAAUGGAAUAGCUUUCAAAAUCUGCCAUUACCAUGGGAGAGAUUGCAAGUGUGGAAGGUAAAGGUUGAGAUUAAAUUUGUCCAAGAAAGGCAUGGCAUAGGUUCUUGAAAUUGAUUUGAAAAUAAAGAUGGCCUGCACUUCAGAAGAAAGGUGGAUGCUCUUUAAGGGUGCUGGAAGCAUAAAACAUUUUGAACAUUUAAAUUUUUCCUCUCUAAUUAAAUCCAGGUAUGGGUUGGAUUUCUUUCCCCAACUGUGGAAAAGCAAAGAAUUUGCAGCACACUUCUUCAAAGUUUAAGAAUGCUGUUAAGAAAUGUGUCCAAGUAGAUCUCUGGAAAAUAAUAAAAUUUUGCCUUGAAAAUAACAAAACUGGCAUAUCAUGAGUUUGAAUCAUUUACAUAUUGAAUAUGAUAAUGCUUAGAAGGCACUAAUUGAGAGAAAAUGGCUUUUGUACCAAAGGACAGUUGUAGUUGAUCCCAUUAUAAAAUCCCACUGGAUUUUAAUAAUCAUCUCUUUUUGUGGAGGGUAUAUGUUGAUUCUAGACAAACAAAUAGCAAAAGCUGAAGAACAGGUUUGCAAAUCAAAUACUUGGACAUGUUGAAUUCUUCAUGGCACCUGCUCAUCUUGCACCUUUCCUCAGCCAGCAGACUUGUCUUUUCCUGCUUGUUCAUGCAGUACUUGGAAAGGAGCAGAGAAGUUGGAAAAGCUUACUAGGCUAGAGGAGCAUUCCAGGUGCACUCAUUGUUUACCGUGGGACUGAAUAGCAUGCCUGUUCUGACACCAACUGCAGAAGAAAUGGGCCUGGUGAGUAGAGGUAUUUUGUAAGGGUUUUUCAGAAAUGAAGUAUUUGUUUAAUUCCAGAUAAACUUCACUCGGCAUACUGCGACUUGAGAACAGUUAUGAUCACACAAAGUCAUCAGUGGUGUUCACUUGAAAGAUGGUAAACAGAAAAAAGAGGAUCUCUUAAUUCUGGAUUUUCCAAUCUGUAUGUCCCAUAGAGCUGCUGAUAGUGAGUGCAGUGGGAUGUGUUGCACAUGCUCAGGUGGCCUGUCUCUGGGAAAGGAAGCAGAUGGCAAGGUCCUUACAGGAGAAAGAAAACACUGAAAAGCAGACCAAAUUCCAGUUCUGCCCUUCUUGCUUCAGACACAAGCUUCACUUUUUUCCUACCUAAGCACCAGUGAGCAUACAGUCUUCUCACUGGAUUUUCCUGUUGAACUUCCUGCAGAGCUUGUGUAAGUGUAGGAUACACAGUUUUUUCCCUGUUUUUCAAUCUUCACUGCAGCCUGUGAGAGGUGAUUGUAUUUCCGUUUUAAUUUCAAGGAAUGAGCAUCCAUUGCAUCAGCACCUGUUCACAUGACAUUAUUCUUUCUGACAUGCCUUCAGACAUUUCAGAUUUGGUGUGCAGAAGGUGCAUACCCAGCUGGAAUUUCAGAGGAGCUGUGGUGUAAGCAUUAAUUUCAUGAUAAGAAAGGAAUCUAAUUCUGGAGAGCUUUCAGCUGUCUUAGCAAUGGAUGCUUCUUCCUGUUCUGAAGUUCCCUGCUGUGCUGCUUUAACUGCUGCAGAAAAAGGGAAGUGAAAAGCUGCAUGGGCUAAAAGUCCUGUGAUUAAAAAUAGUUGCAGUUCUUAAAAAAAGCCAAAACCAAGCAAACAACCAUUACAAAAAAUCCAAAGUCCCAAACAAGGAAAGACAGCAUGGCUGUGCUCACAGAACCCUGUGGACUGGGCACCUUUUCCUUCUCUCCCUGGGGAGGACAGAGGAGCUGCAGUAGUGUCCUUGCAGGUAGGUGUUGGCUGGUCAGGUUUGGGAGACACCCCCCUAAUGCAGCAGUUCAGGAACAGCUGGAUCAUUUUUCAGUAAACAUGAGUUAUUGGCAGGGAUGGCUCUAGUCUGACAUCAGGUCUGGGGCCUUUCACCAGUGUUUGCUGCUCUAGGAAGAGGAAAAGAGCUGUGAAAUCUUUCUGCUUUCUGUUUUUGCUGGUGUGGCCACUUCUCAGGUAUUGUAUAAAUCUGUUCAUACUGCCGUGGGCAUUGUCUGCCCACUUUGGAAGUGUCCUUGAUGCAAUAUCAGGAAGGUUAGAGUUGAAAAGGGCUGUGGUGAGGUGUUCAUGGAACUCUGCUGGAAAUCCAGAGAUCUUGUACAGGGCUGAAAAUUAAGCCAGGAGAAUAUUAACACACUGGCAUUCUGCAAGUCAAGUUCAACAGAGU